AUGUCUGCACUAGACAUGGCGACGUUGGAGGUUGCCAGGGUUACAAUGUUUAUCAUGGCCUUGAUCGUCCGUUUUGGUGUUUUUAGUCCCAGCAUCUCGCAGCAUCCCGAGAUGGAAUGGGCAGAGGACCGAAAGGUCCAAGCUAGGGGGGGGAGGGGGGUCCGCUGUUUUGGAGCCGGUGAGAUGGUCGUCUUGGGGAGUGUUGCACUGGAGUGUUUGUGGAGUUCGCACCAAGCAUCCCGAACCCACCCUCUCCUCGUACGGCCACGACCUGACGGAACAGCCCCAGCACCACUACAGGGAGGAGGGGGGUUCGUGAGUUGCCUUCCAACCAAGUCACAAGAUCUCAACGACUUGAUCCAGAUGCCAGAUUCGCACUUGCCUGCCAGUUGCCUUACCGAGCUUGGCGGGCUGUCUGCCCUAGGAAGCUUUGACAGGGGGUGGCCCAGCUGCUCAACAAGAGUGAGGAAGCUUGGGCCAUCAAGGUUCCGCUUCCCUUCUGGCAACGCACAGCACCCCGCGAGGCGGUCAGUCCGUUGUCGGUCUUCCAUGGUGAGUGAGGCUUCGCUCAAUUCCACUUUCUCCUACAACACGUCGCCCCCCCGCGGGCCCGACACAGCGCCCUUCCAAGACCACAAGCGAAAGCAAAGUAAUCCAACACCAGAGCUGUCCAGACCAUUGGCUACCAGCACCAGGCUUGAUCCGGCUAGCUGGUCAACAACUUUUGACAGCACGUGGGCAAUCCGUGAAUCGCAUCUCAUCUGUCAGUCUGUCACUGGUGCGCUUGGUGCGCUAGGUACGGACAGUGACUGGAACCCAGACGUAUUUCAAAUAAACUUUGUGGUUCAAUCUGAUACCGCAGGGUCAUCGACUUGCCUAUCAGAGAGAGAGGUAGGCCAGUCGAAGCCUCAUGGAAUCAACCUUAUUCUGUUCCAUGCAGUCGUUUGCUGCUUUCGGCCCUUUGCCCAGCCUGCGCCGUGUAAGCUGGACGCCAGGGCAUUUCUGAUCCCGGCGCCCUUUACCAAUCAAUCUUUAUCAGCCACUCACAUAUCAGGAACUGUGUACGCACAUCACAGCCUCGCUUCGGACCGCACCUUGUCUAAGACGUUAUUGAUGGCCAGGCGUCAGAAAAGCCAUCUCCUCCCAAGAAAGCGCCAUUCACGACUGAGGAUGCCCUCCCCCUCAUUAUUAUCAUCUGUGGGUUCCACUUACGCUACAACCACAUCGGUCCUUGCCGUGAUUCCAAAACAAUGCAACAAGGGACCACCGGCACUUGAUGACGAAUAUAUAUUAACUCUAGAGCUUUUAAUCGUAAUAAGGUGUAGCGGGUGGGUUAAAGAGACAGCGGUUAAUUAG